AUGAAUGAACGGAUGAAGAAGAAGGAGGAGGAGGAAGAAAUAAAUAGACGAGCAGAGGAGAGGAUGAUGAAGGUGAAGAAACAGAGGGAGACUCUCGGAUCAUCAGCAGGAGGUGUUCCCCACAUCUCAGACAUGAGGAUUGUGCUGCUGGGAUACAGAGCUGCAGGGAAGAGUUCAUGUGGAAACACCAUCCUGGGCAGACAGGAGUUCCAGACUGCAGGAAGAACAGCUGAGUGUGUGAAGAGAGAAGGAGAAACAGCAGGCAGACACAUCACUGUAGUGGAGGCUCCAGGAUGGUGGAAUAACUACACUGUAGAGGAAACUCCUGAACGUGAUAAACGAGAGAUUGUCCUCAGUGUGUCUCUGUGUCCUCCAGGACCCCAUGCUCUACUCCUGGUCAUUGAUGUGAGUGAGUCAUUCACAGAGGAAGACAGAAUAGCAGUGCAGGAACACCUGGAGCUCCUGGGUGAGAGAGUCUGGAGCCACACUAUAGUGCUGUUCACCAGAGGGGACUGGCUGGGAGACACAAGCAUUGAGCAGCACAUUGAGAGUGGAGGAGAGGCUCUGCAGUGGGUUGUAGAGAAAUGUGGGAACAGGUACCAUGUUUUAGACAACAAGAAGAGUGAUGUUGGCCAGGUGACAGAGCUGCUGGAGAAGAUAGAAGAGAUGGUGACGGUGAACAGUGGUCAUCACUUUGGCUUUGAUAACAACAUGCUGAUUACACUGACGGAGAAGAAGAAGGAAGAAAAGAGAAGAGCAGAGCAGAGGAAGAUGAAGGUGCAGAAACAGAGAGAGACUCUCAGAUCAUCAGCAGGAGGUGUUCCCCACAUCUCAGACAUGAGGAUUGUGCUGCUUGGAAGCAGAGGUGCAGGGAAGAGUUCAUGUGGAAACACCAUCCUGGGCAGACAGGAGUUCCAGACUCCAGGAAGAACAGCUGAGUGUGUGAAGAGAGAAGGAGAAACAGCAGGCAGACACAUCACUGUAGUGGAGGCUCCAGGAUGGUGGAAUAACUACACUGUAGAGGAAACUCCUGAACGGGAUAAACGAGAGAUUGUCCUCAGUGGGUCUCUGUGUCCUCCAGGACCCCAUGCUCUACUCCUGGUCAUUAGGGUGGAUUGGCCAUUCACAGAGACACUCAGAAGAGCAGUGCAGGAACACCUGGAGCUCCUGGGUGAGAGAGUCUGGAGCCACACUAUAGUGCUGUUCACCUAUGGGGACUGUCUGGGAGACACAAGCAUAGAACAGCAUAUUGAGAGUGGAGGAGAGACUCUGCAGUGGGUUGUGGAGAAAUGUGGGAACAGGUACCAUGUUCUAGACACUGAGAAGAGUGAUGGUGGCCAGGUGACAGAGCUGCUGGAGAAGAUAGAAGAGAUGGUGACUGUGAACAGUGGUCAUCACUUUGGCUUCGAUAACAACAUGCUGAUUACACUGACGGAGAAGAAGAAGGAAGAAAAGAGAAGAGCAGAGCAGAGGAAGAUGAAGGUGCAGAAACAGAGAGAGACUCUCAGAUCAUCAGCAGGAGGUGUUCCACACAUCUCAGACAUGAGGAUUGUUCUGCUAGGAUUCCGAGCUGCAGGGAAGAGUUCAUGUGGAAACACCAUCCUGGGCAGACAGGAGUUCCAAACUCCAGGAAGAACAACUGAGUGUGUAAAGAGAGAAGGAAAAACAGCAGGCAGACACAUCACAGUAGUGGAGGCUCCAGGAUGGUGGAUGAACAACACUGUAGAGGAAACUCCUGAACAUGAUAAACAAGAGAUUGUCCUCAGUGUGACCCUGUGUCCUCCAGGACCCCAUGCUCUACUCCUGGUCAUGGAUGUGAGUAAGAAAUUCACAGAGACCAAGAGAAGAGCAGUGCAGGAACACCUGGAGCUCCUGGGUGAGAGAGUCUGGAGCCACACUAUAGUGCUGUUCACCAGAGGGGACUGGCUGGGAGACACAAGCAUUGAGCAGCACAUUGAGAGUGGAGGAGAGGCUCUGCAGUGGGUUGUGGAGAAAUGUGGGAACAGGUACCAUGUUUUAGACAACAAGAAGAGUGAUGGUGGCCAGGUGACAGAGCUGCUGGAGAAGAUAGAAGAGAUGGGGAUGGUGAACAAAAACGAUGGUGCUUACUUCAGCCUUGACCCCAAGACUAUGAAUGAACUGAUGAAGAAGAAGGAGGAGGAGGAAGAAAGAAAUAGACGAGCAGAGGAGAGGAUGAUGAAGGUGAAGAAACAGAGGGAGACUCUCAGAUCAUCAGCAGGAGGUGUGCCCCACAUCUCAGACAUGAGGAUUGUGCUGCUGGGAAACAGACAUACAGGGAAGAGUUCAUGUGGAAACACCAUCCUGGGCAGACAGGAGUUCCAGACUGCAGGAAGAACAGCUGAGUGUGUGAGGAGAGAAGGAGAAACAGCAGGCAGACACAUCACUGUAGUGGAGGCUCCAGGAUGGUGGAGGAAUUACACUGUAGAGGAAACUCCUGAACAGGAUAAACGAGAGAUUGUCCUCAGUGGGUCUCUGUGUCCUCCAGGACCCCAUGCUCUACUCCUGGUCAUUGAUGUGAGUGAGUCAUUCACAGCGACCCAUAGAAGAGCAGUGCAGGAACACCUGGGGCUCCUGGGUGAGAGAGUCUGGAGCCACACUAUAGUGCUGUUCACCUGGGGGGACUGGCUGCAAGACACAAGCAUUGAGCAGCACAUUGAGAGUGGAGGACAGGCUCUGCAGUGGGUUGCAGAGAAAUGUGGAAACAGGUACCAUGUUUUAGACAAUGAGAAGAGUGAUGUUGGCCAGGUGACAGAGCUGCUGGAGAAGAUAGAAGAGAUGGUGACGGUGAACAGUGGUCAUCACUUUGGCUUUGAUAACAACAUGCUGAUUACACUGAUGGAGAAGAAGAAGGAAGAAAAGAGAAGAGCAGAGCAGAGGAAGAUGAAGGUGCAGAAACAGAGAGAGACUCUCAGAUCAUCAGCAGGAGGUGUUCCCCACAUCUCAGACAUGAGGAUUGUGCUGCUGGGAAACAGAAAUGCAGGGAAGAGUUCAUGUGGAAACACCAUCCUGGGCAGACAGGAGUUCCAGACUGCAGGAAGAACAGCUGAGUGUGUGAAGAGAGAAGGAGAAACAGCAGGCAGACACAUCACUGUAGUGGAGGCUCCAGGAUGGUGGAGGAAUUACACUGUAGAGGAAACUCCUGAACGGGAUAAACGAGAGAUUGUCCUCAGUGCGUCUCUGUGUCCUCCAGGACCCCGUGCUCUACUCCUGGUCAUUAGUGUGGAUGAGGUAUUCCCAGAGACAUUCAGAAGAGGAGUGCAGGAACACCUGGAGCUCCUGGGUGAGAGAGUCUGGAGCCACACUAUAGUGCUGUUCACCAGAGGGGACUGGCUGGGAGACACAAGCAUUGAACAGCACAUUGAGAGUGGAGGAGAGGCUCUGCAGUGGGUUGUAGAGAAAUGUGGGAACAGGUACCAUGUUUUAGACAACAAGAAGAGUGAUGGUGGCCAGGUGACAGAGCUGCUGGAGAAGAUAGAAGAGAUGGUGACGGUGAACAGUGGUCAUCACUUUGGCUUUGAUAACAACAUGCUGAUUACACUGAUGGAGAAGAAGAAGGAAGAAAAGAGAAGAGCAGAGCAGAGGAAGAUGAAGGUGCAGAAACAGAGAGAGACUCUCAGAUCAUCAGCAGGAGGUGUUCCACACAUCUCAGACAUGAGGAUUGUGCUGCUGGGAAGCAGAGCUGCAGGGAAGAGUUCAUGUGGAAACACCAUCCUGGGCAGACAGGAGUUCCAGACUCCAGGAAGAACAGCUGAGUGUGUGAAGAGAGAAGGAGAAACAGCAGGCAGACACAUCACUGUAGUGGAGGCUCCAGGAUGGUGGAAUAACUACACUGUUGAGCUAACUCCUGAACAUGAUAAACAAGAGAUUGUCCUCAGUGGGUCUCUGUGUCCUCCGGGACCCCAUGCUCUACUCCUGGUCAUUGAUGUGAGUGACUUCUUCAAAGAGACAUUCAGAAGAGCAGUGCAGGAACACCUGGAGCUCCUGGGUGAGAGAGUCUGGAACCACACUAUAGCGCUGUUCACCAGAGGGGAGUGGCUGGGAGACACAAGCAUUGAACAGCAUAUUGAGAGUGAAGGAGAGGCCCUGCAGUGGGUUGUAGAUAAAUGCGGGAACAGAUACCAUGUUCUAGACAACAAUAGGAGUGAUGAUGACCAGGUGACAGAGCUGCUGGAGAAGAUAGAAGAGAUGGUGACGGUGAACAGUGGUCAUCACUUUGGCUUCGAUAACAACAUGAUGAUUACACUGACGGAGAAGAAGAAGGAAGAAAAGAGAAGAGCAGAGCAGAGGCAGAUGAAGGUGCAGAAACAGAGAGAGACUCUCAGAUCAUCAGCAGGAGGUGUUCCACACAUCUCGGACAUGAGGAUUGUGCUGCUGGGAUACAGAACUGCAGGGAAGAGUUCAUGUGGAAACACCAUCCUGGGCAGACAGGAGUUCCAGACUGCAGGAAGAACAGCUGAGUGUGUGAAGAGAGAAAGAGAAACAGCAGGUAGACACAUCACUGUAGUGGAGGCGCCAGGAUGGUGGGCACACACCACUGUAGAGAAAACUCCUGAACGUGAUAAACGAGAGAUUGCCCUCAGUGGGUCUCUGUGUCCUCCAGGACCCCAUGCUCUACUCUUGGUCAUUAGGGUGGAUACGUCAUUCCCAGAGACAUUCAGAAGAGGAGUGCAGGAACACCUGGAGCUCCUGGGUGAGGGAGUCUGGAGCCACACUGUAGUGCUGUUCACCUGUGGGGACUGCCUGGGAGACACAAGCAUUGAGCAGUACAUUGACAGUGGAGGAGAGGCUCUGCAGUGGGUUGUAGAGAAAUGUGGGAACAUGUAUCAUGUUUUAGACAACAGGAAGAGUGAUGGUGGCCAGGUGACAGAGCUGCUGGAGAAGAUAGAAGAGAUGGUGACGGUGAACAGUGGAGAGAACAGUAUUGGUGACCGUCCUAAUUUCUCUGGUGUCAUUCCUGAUGACUUGUCAAGAGAGGACUCUUCGUAUGAAUCUGCCAGAUCAGCAGUCAAGCCAGAGAUUACAAAGCCCUUUAAGCAGCUGAAAACUACAGCACAGAAUGUGGCAGGAUGUGAUGGGGAUUGGAUGCACUGA